GUAUUCAGCUGGCCUGGCAGCUACAAACACAAAGAGGAGCUGCUGCAGCAUUAUGCGCAGUUUAUGGCAUCGACCAUGAAUCGCAGUGUGAAUCCUUGCGAGAACUUUUACGAAUAUGCAUGCGGCAAUUGGAAGGAGUCGCCAGCGCUGCCGCCAGCAGCGCGCAACAGCAGCUUGUUGCAAGCAAUGCAGCAGCAAAUUGAUGAGCAGGUGCAAGAAUUUUUGCAGAAUGCAACAGCAGCAAAUGAAGCAAACGGCAGCGCUGAAGCAAAAGCAAAACAAUUUUAUGCAAGUUGUGUGCAAAUGAAAACAAAUAUGAGUCAAGGCUAUGAGUUGCUUAUGGGGCAACAAGCGGAUAGAUUAGCUGGGAGCAAUGAAACUGUGGAUUGGCUGUAUGUAAAUUUUAUGUCCAACUAUGAGCUGUAUCCGCUGCUGCCGCUCAAAGUGCAUUAUAAUACAGCAAGUCGCAAAUUUGCGCUGCUGCUAACGCCGCCAGUGAAGACGCUGGCGCAGCUAAAUGAGCAGCAGCUACAAAAUUUAACAACAGAUUUGCAGCUGAAUGCAACACAAAAAGCGCAACUAACGCUAUUAACUGCCUUUGAGCGUAAUUUAACUAGUUUGGUUAAGCAGCGCAAUGAAACGCAGCAGCUGACGCUGGCAGAAUUUUUGACGCAGCAGCAACAUGCGCGUUUGAACUGGACGCGUUACUUUCAUUUAGCAUUCAAUGGCAGCGAGCAGGGCCAAUGGCUGCUGUUUAAUCAGCUUGAUGAGCUGGGUGAGCUGUUGGCAUUUUUGGAGUCUGUGGAGCUGCCGCUGCUGCGCAGCUAUGUGCAGCAUCGUGAGCUGCUCAAGUUCUAUGCGCUUUGGCAAACUGAAACGCGCAAUGGCAGCUUAGCCAGCGCCUGUCGCUCACUAACUGAAAGCUACUACAAUUAUGCGCUGCUGCCCUGGUUUAUAGCGCGCACUUUUGGCCAAGAGCAACGCGCUGAUGUUUUGCAAGUUGCACGCAAUAUACGCGGCACAUUCUAUGAGCUGCUUGCUCAAUACUCCUGGCUAGACGAUGAAACUCGCUCGCAUGCGCGCACUAAACUCGCCGCCAUGGACAUUGAUGUGGGCUAUAGCGAUGAGUUAACACAUCGCGCGCUUAUAGACAAAGUCUAUAGUGAUUUUAAUAUGUCCACCAAUUGGGUUGUUAACUUGGCCACACUCGAACGCAGUCGCGCGCGCAUUCGCCUCAAAUCGGUGGACAGAGCUUUGGUGCCGCUGCUUAUGCCCACGCGUUCAGUUAAUGCUUAUUAUGCCGAUUUUCUGAAUCAAGCUUUCAUUACCAUUGCCAUGACGCAAUUUCCACUCUAUCAUCUCAAUUUUCCGCCUGUGCUCAAAUACGCCGGCAUUGGCAACAUUAUUGGCCAUGAAAUGGCGCAUGGCUUCGACUCCUACUGCUAUCAAUACAACUACGAUGGCAAAAAGCUCAACUGGUGGUCAGCUGCGUCGCUGCGCAACUUCAAGCAGCGCUAUCGCUGCCUCGAAUCCCAAUACAACAAAUACAUUUUGCUGGGCGUGCCCACCAAUGGCAGCUUAACGUCUGGGGACAACAUUGCCGACAAUGUGGGCGCUCGCAUGGCUUACUAUGCGUAUAAGCAAUACGCUGGCAACAGCGCUUUGACUCAACAGCCGCUGCGCGGCAUCGAUCUCAACAACAAGCAGCUUUUCUUUCUCAAAUUCGCUCAGACCUGGUGCACGGGCAAGGACGCCGCCUCGCAGCUGAGCAAACUCAAGUCUGAUCCACAUGCCUAUGAGGAGUUCCGUGUCAUUGGCACGCUCAGCAAUAUGCCAGAGUUUAGCGAGGCCUACAACUGCAAGCUGGGCACGGAUAUGAAUCCGAUUAAGAAGUGUGUGGUUUGGUAA